AUGGACCUCAAUCUUAACCAUGUCGAUUAUCUGCAGGUUGGAGUGACUUCCCAGAAAACGAUGAAACUCCUGCCUGCAAUAGGACGUAAGGCUACACAAAAGGUGGCAGUUGCAGAUCACGAUGGUGUUGUGACUUGCUUUGGGAUGAAGAAGGGAGAGGCUGUUCCUGUGUUCAAAAGUCUCCCUGGACAGAAAAUAUCCAGGCUGGAGCUGGGAGGGGCCCUUGGAACCCCCCAGGAGAAGAUCUUUGUGUGCUCUGGUUCUGAAGUCAGAGGUUUCACCAAGAAAGGCAAGCAGUUCCUGUCAUUUGAGGCCAAUCUUACAGAAAGCAUCAAUGCAAUGCAUGUUUCAGGGGCAGACCUUUUUGUUUGUGCCAGUUACAUCUAUAAUCACUACUGUGACUGUAAGGAUCAGGACUACUACCUGUCAGGAGACAAGAUCAAUGAUAUUGUUUGUUUACCAGUGGAGACAGUGGGCCGCACAGUGCCAAUCCUAGCCUGCCAGGACAGAGUGCUCCGAGUUCUGCAGGGCUCUGAGCUGCUGUAUGAUGUAGAGGUCCCUGGGCCUCCAUCGGUUCUAGAGCUGCACAAUAAAGAUGGAGGUAAGGAUGGAGAGGAGGUUCUUUAUGGAACAGCAGAUGGUAAACUGGGACUCAUAAAGAUCGAACGGUCAGCUCCAGUCACUAGAUGGGAAAUCGAUAACAAGAAGAAAAAAGGAGGCGUGCUGUGUAUGGAUACGUUUGAUAUUCUGGGCGAUGGUGUGAAAGACAUUCUGGUUGGGAGGGAUGAUGGGACUGUGGAGGUCUAUGGACUAGACAGUUCCGGUGAACACACUCUGCGCUUUGAACACGUUUUAUCAGAAAGUGUUACAUCAAUCCAGGGUGGAUGUGUUGGAAAGGAAACCUUUGAUGAGAUCAUAACUACAACCUACACAGGCUGGGUGUCUGGCCUGACUACAGAGCCCCAGCAGAUGGAGGCGGGGCCUGGAGAGGAAGUGAAGAUGAGCCGGGAGACCCAGACUAAGGUGGCAGCACUUAGAGCUGAGCUGGAGCAACUGCAGGUGAAGGUUUUGCAGGGCAGAGAGAAAUAUCAGCAGAGCUCUCAGUCCAGCACGGCCGUGUCUGCCGUGCCCGUCUUCAGCAUCAAUGACAAGUUUACACUCUGCCAGGAUGAUGCCAGUUACAGCCUCACGCUAGAGGUCCAGACUGCUAUUGACAACUUGCUUUUACAGAGUGACGUACCAAUAGACCUGCUGGAUGUGGACAAAAACUCAGCAGUGGUCAGUUUCAGUGAAUGUGACUCAGAGCCCAAUGGCAACUUCCUCCUUGCUACCUACAGAUGUCAGGCAAACACUACAAGGCUUGAGCUGAAGGUGAGAUCUAUCGAGGGCCAGUAUGGGACCCUCCAGGCUUACAUCACCCCACGGCUGCAACCCAAAACCUGCCAGGUCCGUCAGUACCAGAUCAAACCCCUGUCCCUCCACCAGAGAACCCACACCAUCGACCAAGACAGGCCCAUGAACACACUCAGUCUGGUCGGUCAGUUCAGCUUUGCAGAGAUCCAUUCCUGGGUGGUCUUCUGCUUGCCGGAGGUCCCAGAGAAGACUCCAGCAGGUGAAAACAUCACUUUCUUCUUUCAGAACACAUUCCUUGGCACCCAGCUGGAGGCCACCUAUUGUAAAGGUGAGGCUCAUUUCAAGUCAGACAAUAUCUCAACCAUAUCCAUUCUGAAGGAUGUUCUAACUAAAGAGGCCACUAAACGAAAAAUCAACCUCAACAUUUCUUAUGAGGUAAAUGAAGACUCUGUUAAUCACACUUUGAGGAUGAUCCAUCCUAAGCUUGAAUAUCAGUUGCUUUUGGCCAAAAAGGUUCAGCUGAUUGAUGCAUUAAAGGAGCUGCAGGUGCAUGAAGGGAAUGCUGACUUCCUGAUUCCUGAAUACCGCAGCAUACUGGAGGAAUCUACACACCUUUUAGAGGAGUACAAGAAACAGCCAGCCCACCUGGAAAGACUGUAUGGUAUGAUAACUGACCUCUUCAUCGACAAAUUCAAAUUUAAAGGACAAAAUGUGAAAACAAAGGUCUCCCUCCUUCUUGAAAUUUUGGAUAACUAUGAUCUCAAUUCCUUAAUAGAUUUCUUCAACGAAGCUUAA